CACAACCUGAGCAACAUCGUUACUUCCAUUGCUGACUUGGCGCGCCUGAAGCUAUAUUCAGGUCUCGGCAUUCCGUUUUGUCUCUACUUACGACCAUGCAAUGUAUCUGUGAUCGCUUCAUAAAACCACAAACACCAGAAUCCGAACAUGGCUGAGAACGCAACCUCUCCCGCCGCCGGCGGAUUUCUGCCUCAAUCACUGCCGUCACCGGCGCCGACGGCGUCUACGGUCAGCACAAGACCUGUUGGCCUACCGCACCCGCGUUCGCGCGCCCUACGCCCCGGCUCUGCCAAAGAGGAUCAGGUGCGGAAUUUUAUCUCGGACCGCAUGGCCCACAUCACGCGGCGGUUUGUCAAGAAAGUCGGCGCGGCCUCACUCGGCGACAAGGUGGAUGACCAGAUGAUGGACGAGGAGGAGGUGGAGGGCUACAACUCGCUGGACGAGCUGUGUAAGGACCUGAACGAAGUAAUCCGCAUUGUGUGGCUGUCCGGAACCCCAAACUUACAAAUACCCUCCCUCCUCAACAUUGCCAGUGAAUUCAACACCUGGAUGACUGGCUUCCCGCCCUCUGAAACAGCAGCGUUUGAUAUUUUGCACAAGCUUGACCACUGCUUUGCCAGCUUGCUCUCGGGAGAGGACAUCGAGAGCCACGAGCCCCUUCCCGGGUUUGAGAACGGGCUUCGGAGCGGGAUGACCCGGACGGAUAUGGUCCGGUGCAAGAGCACGGUCCAGAAUGCCCGCGUUGUGGUUGUUGAUGUCAUGAGCAAGCGGCGCCCCGGGAACGUCCAGGAGGUGCCGGCGGACGAGACGGAGGAGAGCGGAACCGAAGGGCCCGGCGGGUUUAAUGACAGUGCUUGGGACGAUAAGGAGAGUCUGUACAUGGAUGUGGCUAGGGUCUACGAGAACACGCUGGUCAAGCUAGGGGACACGAUGGGGGAGUCAGGUAUAGCAGACACUGAGAUGUCGGCAGAAUAGAGACAACCUUGUUCAACCGGUGCCAGCGUUCAUAUGCGUUUCCCGAGGAAACAAACGAUCAAACACACUUAACCUGUGGGGAAUCAGCCGGCCCGUUGGUGCAAC